UACAAGCCCUUGUUUCCAUAUUUGUGUUUGAACCCUUACAACUUUGGAUCAAAUUGCACUUCCCAGUUCCCGCCAUCAGUUUUGGUCCAAUCUUUCUCUCAAACUUCCUCUGCAAUUCAUCUGAAUGUUCUCAUGUUAUGUGAAGAACUUAUCUAUCUACAGCACAAUCAACUGUCUUCAUCUCAUUUCCUCUUUUUCAACCCACAAAUUUCCUCUUAAGUCCAUUAUCUUUGUAAACCCUAGCUCUAGGGUCAGAAUCAUGUCAUCCCGUCCAUCCGCAUUCGAUGCUCUCAUGUCACGUGCCAAAGCUGACGCCAAGAAGAAGCUUCCUCAACAAACAUCUUCAUCAUCGCCCAAGAAGCGUAAAUUGACUGAAACUACAAGUUCUAAGGAUACCCAGAAUCUCAAAUCUGUUUUCAAGCCAAUUGAUGAAACCAAAAUCUCUAAUGAGGUAGAAGACCUUAAUGAUCCCAAGAAGGAGCCUUUGGAACUUGUUACCAUGUCGAAGAUAAGCUCACCUUCACCGAAGAAACCUCUAUUGAUUACUGCGGAUGAGAGUAUAACUGAGCUAAGGAAGAAACCGACACAUUUUGAUCCUAAAAAGGCUGUAUUAUGGGGAGAGGGAGAACGGGUGCCUUUCAUGCUUAUUGCUAAAGCUUUUGAUGCUAUUGAUAAGGAGUCUGGCAGGAUUGCAAUUACGGACAUUGUUUGUAAUUUGUUAAGGACUGUUAUUACAACAACUCCUGAUGACUUGCUUGCUGUCGUUUAUCUGGCAGCGAAUAGAAUAGCACCUGCUCAUGAAGGUAUAGAGCUUGGGAUAGGAGAUGCUUCUAUCAUCAAGGCUCUUGCAGCAGCUUGUGGAGCUACAGAAACAGAAAUUAAGAAAAAAUACAAGACAUUAGGAGACUUGGGCCUUGUUGCUAAGGCAAGUCGUUCGUCGCAGACAUUGAUGCGACAACCGGAACCGUUGACUGUUGCCAAAGUCUUUGAUACAUUUCGCCUCAUUGCCAAGGAGUCCGGCAAGGAUAGUCAGCAGAAGAAAAGUAAUCAUAUCAAGGCUCUUCUAGUAGCAGCUACGGAUUGUGAACCUCAAUAUCUUAUUCGCCUUCUUCAGUCAAAGCUGCGAAUUGGCUUGGCUGAACAAACACUUUUAGCUGCAUUAGGUCAAGCAGCAGUAUACACAGAAAAACAUUCAAGUCGAAAAGGAAAUGCAGAUUCUUCACUGGAAGAGGCUUCAAAAAUUGUGAAGCAAGUAUACUCUGUAAUUCCUGUGUAUGAUCGCAUAAUCCCUGCUCUUCUUACUGGAGGCGUCUGGGAUCUUCCAAAGACAUGUAAUUUCACCCCUGGUGUUCCAAUUGGACCCAUGCUUGCAAAACCAACAAAGGGUGUAUCUGAGAUCUUGGAUAAAUUUCAAGACAUGGAAUUUACUUGUGAAUUCAAGUAUGACGGUGAACGUGCCCAGAUACAUUACUUGGAAGAUGGUUCAGUUGAGAUAUACAGUCGGAAUGCAGAGAGAAAUACUGGGAAAUUUCCGGAUGUUGUUGCAGCUGUUUUGAGAUUGAGGAAACCAUCAGUAACAUCAUUUGUUCUUGACUGUGAAAUUGUAGCUUAUGAUCGUGACAAGAAGAAAAUAUUACCCUUCCAGAUACUCAGUACCCGUGCUCGUAAAAAUGUGGUAAUAAGUGAGAUCAAGGUUGAUGUUUGCAUAUUUGCUUUUGACAUUCUGUACCUGAAUGGUCAACCUCUUCUGCAAGAGCAACUUUAUAUUCGGAGAGAACAUCUUUACGAAUCAUUUGGGGAAGAACAUGGAUAUUUUCAGUUUGCUACAGCUAUUACAUCAAAUGAUCUGGAAGAAAUACAGAAGUUUCUUGACAAUGCCGUUGAUACUUGUUCUGAGGGAUUAAUUAUCAAAACUCUUAGAGGAGAUGCUACAUACGAACCGGCUAAAAGGUCCCAUAACUGGCUAAAGUUAAAGAAAGACUACAUGGAAAGUAUUGGUGAUUCAUUGGAUUUAGUGCCUAUUGGUGCAUUUCAUGGUCGAGGGAAGCGUACAGGUGUUUAUGGGGCCUUUUUGAUUGCUUGCUAUGACAGCAACAAUGAGGAAUAUCAGAGCAUAUGUAAAAUUGGAACUGGGUUUACUGAAUCAGUGCUUGAGGAACGAUCUGCCAGCCUACGGUCCAAAGUGAUAACUAAACCAAAGCCAUAUUAUCGGUAUGCGGAAACAAUCAAUCCAGAUGUUUGGUUUGAACCUGUUGAGGUUUGGGAAGUAAAAGCCGCAGAUUUGACCAUCAGCCCUGUUCAUCGUGCUGCUUUUGGUGUUGUGGACCCUGCUAAGGGCAUUUCUCUCCGGUUUCCACGACUUCUUCGUAUACGAGAAGAUAAGAAUCCAGAACAAGCCUCCACUUCUGAGAUGGUUGCAGAUAUGUAUAAUGCCCAAAAGAAUAACCACAGAAGCAAUCAAGAUGAAGAUGAGGAUGACUGAUUACAUGUGAGUAUGUGACUAUGUUCCUCUCUCAUUGCAUCCUAUUGUGUUGUAUAUUGGUAGCUUUAUCCAUAUUGAUAAUGUAAAUCUUCCCAGUAUCAACCAUUGCUUUUUUACUAGGUUUGUCUUGAUAGCAACAGAGACUAAAAUUGGUUGACAUUAAUUUGUCUCAAAUAAGUUGUAGUUGUAAAUAAUAGAGAAAUAAAGAGGUUAAAUAAAAUAUGCUUCAAUUUGAGCUUUAUCCAAUGAUAGAAGUCCUAGA